AUGCGUCUGCUUUCAGUGUUAGGGGCAGCUAGCCUUUCAAUUUUGGGGGUCUCGGGGGCGUUGGUGAUUGAUUCAGACCCCGAUGUCAAUUCGACUCUCGUGCAGCAGCAUCUCAUAAACCGCGAGAAGCUGAUAGAUUUGGAAAAAACACAUCGCCAAGAUCACCUCUUCCGACAGAAUCUUUCCCCAACAGCUAAACGGGCAGAUGAGAUUGUGCAAGCCAUUCGGCAGGAUGAGAUUGAUAAUUACUGGCGGGUGGCUGGCACUGAUGAUGGUUCAGUUGAUGAACGGUUCGCAGGGGAGGUAUUCCCCUAUGCCCGACCGCUGAUCUCCAACACAACUCUUUGGAAGGUGAUCAGACGCAUGCCCAAGGGUGCUCUCCUGCAUGCUCAUCUGUCGGCCAUGCUGCCAUUCGACAAGAUUGUCAGAACAAUCAUUAGCACUGAGGGGAUGGUGGUAUCUGCGUCGCAGCCUCUUGAUACCGAGGAGGCCAAGAAGAAUGCCACAAUCAGCUUUGCCCACAACAACGACACCCUUCCAACUGAUGAGUCUCGGAUUGAUUCUGCAGAUUACACCCCAAACACGCAGAUCCCGGUUGAAGUCGCCUCCGCCAACUUCGAAGGCGGCGUGGAGGGCUUCAUUGCCUUCAUCAAAAGUAGGACCACGGUCCCACCAGAGGAUUCAGUCCGUCAUGAGUUGGGUGUGGAUGAGAUUUGGAGAAAGUUCCAAGCCGCAUUUGGUCCGACGGAUACCAUGAUCCAGUACGAACCAGUUGUCAGAAAAUUCUACCAGCAACUGUUCUCAGAUCUUGUCAAUGACGGUAUCAACUGGGUGGAGAUUCGGAGCGGUGGAUCAAGUGGAAAGUUGGUUCACGAUGGAGACGAAGAUGUUGACCCCAACCUUGAUGCCUGGUGGCAUGUCCUGGUUGAGGAGAUCGAUAAUUUCAAGGCGACAGAGGCAGGCAAAGCUUUCUUGGGUGCGAGGGUGAUUUGGUCCGAUUCGCGUGGAAAGAGUCGUGCUUCUCUCACCAAGAGUAUGAAAAUCGCUCUCGAGCGGAAGCAAAACUUCCCCGAGCUCUUCAGUGGCUACGAUCUCGUUGCCCAGGAAGAUCUGGGCCGUCCCCUUUCCGAUUUGACACCGGAACUGGUGUGGUUCCGUGAGCAGAGCGAUGCUUUGAAUCUCACUAUCCCAUACUUCUUCCACGCAGGAGAAACGCUGGGUGAUGGAAAUUCCACAGACUCAAAUCUGUUUGACGCUUUGAUCUUCAACACACGACGAAUCGGCCACGGGUUUUCCUUGUACAAGCACCCCAAUUUGAUCAAUCAAGUCAUUGAACAGAACGUUAUGAUUGAAGUCUGCCCCAUCUCAAACGAAGUCCUUCGCUUGAAUGAGGACAUCCUUCACCACCCGCUGCCAGCAAUGAUUGCCCACGGUGUUCCAACCGCAAUUAGCAACGAUGACCCAGCUAUUCUUGGGCAAGACGUGGCUGGCUUGAGUUAUGAUUUCUAUGAAGUUAUCCAGGCCUUCGAUAACGUUGGCCUCGCCGGAUUGGGUGCGCUCGCACAGAACAGUUUCCGUUGGGCAAAUUUUGAAGAUCAGUCAGACAAAGACUGGAUCCGUGAUGUUGACCGUGGUGAGGAUGGAGCCGGUGUCAAGGCCAAGAACAUUCAAACUUGGAACAGUGACUGGGAGGACUUUUGCAAGUGGGUUGUGGAUGAAUACGGCUCAAAGUAUGGAGCGAUCAGCGAUGCCUGA